GCUCCGGUUCGGUUCGCUCCGGUCCCACCGGCGGGCAUGGGGCUGCGCUUGAGCUCCGAGGCCCCCGACGGCGGCGCCGAGGGCUUCCACGUGCACGGGGUUCAAGAAAACUCCCCAGCUCAGCAAGGAGGAUUGGAACCUUUCUUUGAUUUCAUUAUUGCAAUAGGACACACUAGGCUUAAUAAAGAAAACAAUAUGCUGAAAGAUCUGCUGAAGGCAAAUGUUGAAAAACCGGUGAAACUGGAGGUGUAUAACAUCAAAACAAUGAAAAUAAGAGAAGUGGAAGUGAUCCCCAACAACAUGUGGGGAGGGCAAGGUCUUCUUGGUGCCAGCGUGAGGUUCUGCAGUUUCCAGGGAGCCAAUGAGCAUGUGUGGCAUGUCUUGGACGUUGAACCUGCGUCUCCUGCAGCUCUCGCUGGUCUGCAGCCAUACACUGACUACGUUGUUGGAUCUGAUCAGAUUCUUCAAGAGUCAGAGGAUUUCUUCUCGCUGAUUGAAUCCCAUGAGGGGAAGCCACUGAAGCUGAUGGUUUAUAACACUGAAGCAGACUCCAUUCGAGAGGUAGUUGUGACUCCCAAUGGAGCUUGGGGUGGAGAAGGAAGUUUAGGAUGUGGCAUUGGAUAUGGCUAUUUGCACAGAAUUCCAACACAGUCUGUAUCAAAGAAAAAGCCAGAAAGCAAACCACCCUCACCCUUAUCAGAAAUCAGGACUCCUGAACCAUCUUCUAAUGGUUACACAGAGACUCCGUUAGUGGCACCUACUUCUCAGAGUGAAAACUCUGAAAUAGUUAUGAGCUUGGAUCAGUCUACAGAUCAAGAAAUGAGUGGUUAUUCACCAGAAAGCUCACUUUCUCCUCCUCCUCCUGUCCAGAGAGUUAUGGAUCCAGGAUUUCUAGACAUGUCUGGUAUUCCAUUUCCUGACCUCACCGACUCAACAAAAGUGUCUGACAUAUCUGCCACCUUCAAGAUGCCAACAGCAGAGACUACAGGAGAUGCUGAAAAUCUAAUGUCUAACAGUGAAGUUACUGGUUAUUUUGAGAAUCGCUUGUCUUUGGACCCUGAAGACUUGACUGCAUAUUCGGAAGGUUCAGCUAAGCAGCCCGAGCUGGAUCAGCCAGUACCCUCGGUUUCAACUCUACCUUCUCUUGUUCUUCCUAAUGAAAUUUCAACAACAACACUAGGAACUGAUCCAAAUAACCAAGAGACAAAGCUACUCUUAAACAGUACUGAGAACUCAUUAUCCACUACUACAUCCAAACCUGAUGAAGAAAAAGGUGUACAGAAAGAAGCAGCUACACAGGAACAGUGAAAAGGACAUUUCUUUUGUUGCCAGACUGUCAAUAUGCUGUAAUGCUACAGCUUGGAAGAUUUUUCUGAUCUCUUGAGGGAAUUAGAGCCAUUCUGUUUGGUUAGUGUAGACAUUAUAAAAAUAUGUAAACUCAUAUGCAAAACCUAUUUCCUCCCCUCAUGGUGUGAUUAGUGUUCAGACUUUGUUUGAAUACAGUUCAAAAAUCAACAAAUUAUUCACUUCCCUUAAAAGGACAAAUUAAUGCAGAACUAUUUGGACACACAUAAAGUUUCAGCUUCUUGGAUUGAAGGUUGUCUUGCAGUUGCUCUUCAGUAUAUUUUUAUGAAGGCCUGCCUGAAUUGUGACCGUUAAUGAUGACUCUGUAAGAAUGUUUGGCAUUUCAAAAGAAAUUUAUUUUACAACUUUGACUUGCUGGAAAGAUUUGCUAAUAGGUCACCUUGGUUUGGUGGAUCUUUUAAGAUACCCUCACUACCCCAAAAUACCUUUAUUCAUCCCUGCUACACUGCAGACUGUUUUUCUUGUUUUAGCCUUUCCCUUCUCUGUGACAUUUAUUCCUAUCUUCUCUAAAACAUUUUUUUUCAGGAAAGGAAGUAGUUUUAAGUUUUGAAAUGGCCAUAUAGAGAUAGGAGAACUUGGAGUGGGUGUGUUCUGUUGCUUUAGCUCUUCAGUGAAUUAUAUGAUGGUUUCACAGUUUAAAAAUCAAGGGAAGAAUGCUGAUGGUUAUUUCAAAUAAAGUUUAUUAAAGAUGAUUCAGGUCAAUUCCAUGUGAAUAGAGGAUGAUAAAUCUUGUAAAAGACAUUGAAUGUGUCUUUAUUUCUCCAGUAAUGAAGGAAUAGAUUUUAUGGCUCUGCUUUUGUGUCUUCCCAAUUAGUAUUUUUAUAAAAAUCCAAGUUGAGGACACUGGAAUGGAACUCACUGUGUAACACAUCUGUUGCGCCUUAGAGCUUUAUUUUUUUGUUUGCAUUUGCCUUGAAAUAUUUUCCACUGUUUGACCUUGUGUUACAUGAUGAGUAAAUAAAAGGUAUCAAUUUAAGAAAACUGAAGGUUUUAAUACUCCCAGGGCAUUAAAAAUUUAUCAUGAAAUUUUAAGCUGGUUGGGAAUAAUUCAUGCAGUUACUGUGAUGAAAAUCCUCUGCAAAAUUAAGAAUGAGGUGCAAUAUUGAGACUUAAGCUCUAAGUUUAUAAGUUUAUUUGGCACAAUAGUGUCAAAUUCCCUCCUUGGGGAGGGAUGGGGAUUCUAGGUCAAGCAGACCUGCCUGGGCCAUCUCCACCUGAAUGGUGCAGAGGAAGCCAUCUACAAGGGCCAGGUCUUCAGCUGAUACCCUGUUGAAUAAAAACUCUUCUUAGA